AUGGAAAAAUAUAAGAAAGACAUCAGAUGGUAUAAAAGUAUGUGGAUUAGGUAGAUUAGAAAACUGUCAGAACAAUAGAAAAAGAAGUAAUUUUAUAAUAUUAAUUUAGGAAGAAAAGAGUGAAUCAACUAUAGUUUCAUUUAAUAAAUCAUUUGGAAAGGUUAAUGUUUUAGAUUUAAAAGCUCGAAGAGAAAAAUAAGAAUAGAAGGAGUAUUUUAAUUAUUAUUCUUGAUAAUCAGGCAGCAGUUAAAGAAAUGGUUUUUAAACUACAUAAAUUAUAAAAAUAUGAAAAAGCCUUAUAAGAAGACCGUAAAAAAAUGGGGAGCAAAUAAAACUUAUUAUUUAACAAUAUAAUAAUUGAAGUAAAAGGUAUUAAAAACGAAGUGAAAUAAUAGAUAUGUUAAGAGAUUAUUUAGAAUCUAAGAAGAAAUGAUUAAGAUAUCAUAAAGACAGAAAGAUAUAAAAAUUUUAUAUGACAUUAUAAAAAUAUUGAUCUAAUUAAUUCAAGAUAGAAAACAAAUUUAAAUAGAUCAUCUAUUGCAGAUUCAAUGUAUUUCUAAUAAUUGUUAUAUAGAAUAUGAAAAUCUGUAUCUUAAUAAUAAUUCAAUCAAUUUACUUCUGUGUAUAUUUUAGGAUUACGAGCAUUAUAACUAAGAUUAUUAACUGGAUUAGUAGGAAUAUUAGAGUUGA